AUGAAUAAAGUUGCUGUUUUCGAAAAACAAAAUGAAAGCUUAACUAUAAAAACAAUACCAAUACCAGAACCUGGUGAAGGAAUGAUUAGAGUCAAAGUAAUAGCUUGUGGAGUUUGUGCAGGAGAUGAAUUAGCAAAGAACAAUGGAUUUGGAAAUAUUUUAUACCCUAUCAUUCCAGGUCAUGAAUGUAUAGGAGUAGUUGAUAAACUAGGUAUUAAUAUUAAAAAUGAUUUUUCCCAAAAAGAAAUGGUUGGUAUUGGGUGGUAUGGGGGAUUUUCAUGUAAUAAUUGUUUUGAUUGUUUUGAUGAUUUUCCCAAUCUUUGUAAAAAUAAAAAAAUUACAGGGCUCGAGAUAAAUGGUGGUUAUGCUGAGUAUAUAAUUUGUGACGAGAAUGCACUCGUAAAAAUCCCAAGUGGAAUGGAUCCUAUAAAAACAGCACCCCUUUUGUGUGCGGGUGUUACAGUGUACAACUCUUUAAAAAGUUUAAAUUUAAAAAAAGGUGCAAUCAUUGGAAUACAAGGAAUAGGUGGAUUAGGUCAUUUAGGUAUUCAGUAUGGGAAAAAAAUGGGAUAUAAAAUUAUUGCAAUAUCAAGAGGUGAAAAUAAAAAAGAAAUAUCUUUUCAAUUGGGGGCUGAUUAUUAUAUUGAUUCUUUAAAAAAUGGUUAUAUACAAGAUAUAAAAAAAAUAGGUAGAGUGGAGUGUAUAAUGAUAACAUCGCCAUCAAGUGAUUCAAUACAACCAAUGUUAGAAUCUAUAUGUAACAAUGGUAAAUUAUUAUUAUUAUCCAUAUUAGAUAGAGAUAUUAUUGCCAAUUCAGUAACAAUAGUUAAUGAAAAUAAAUCUAUUGUUGGGUGGACAACAGGUGAACCCAAAUCUAUAUUGGAAUCUUUAGAAUUUGCAAAAAACAAUCAUAUCUAUCCAAUUGUAAACGAAUUUACAUUAGAUAAUGCAAAGUUGGCUCAGGAAACAAUUAAUAAAGCUAAUUUUAGAAAUGUUAUUAAAAUAAAUGAAUUCAAAUAA